GGUUGCUUUUGUUUUGGUGUAGGUGUGUUUAUUGUUAUCUUGGUUUCUAUUUUGAUUUGUACUGUUUGUAAUUGAAAUAAAUAUUAAUUUGAAGAGUGAAUUAACAUUAUUUCAAUUUAAAAAAAUAACUAUUGUACACGUUAAUUUUUGAUGCGCUGUGUUGACGUCAAGGCACUAGAAAAACUAUUUCGUAAGAAGUGCAACAUGUCAUUGGUUGCGUAUGGUAUCUCGGACGACAGCAGUAGCGAUGAGGAGGCUGAAAAUGACGGUGCAGGUAAACUGAUAGACGUGGUGAACGGCGAUGAAGCGGCAGAACCGACAGGGAAGGUGAAUUCUCCGCCAGACUCAGAUUCGGUGACGUCAGACGAGGACGAUGGUGGUGGAAAUGAAGGUGAAAGUGGAGGUGCGGAUAAAGGUGCAAGGACGUUGAUGAGGCUGCCGAAGCCAAACGGCGAAGUCGCCGAAACUGAGGAUGUGGACGACGAAGAUGACAAAGCUGCCCUCGGAAGUGGGUUGUUCUCCUCGCUGCCUGCUCCCAAGGUCACCAGCAGUCUGUCGCUAGAGGUGGAGAUGGACGAUCCACUGCCUGUCGCAUCACGUCUCGCUAAAAAGGAGACUGUAAAAAUAACAGUCCCUUCAUUAUCGGAGUUUAAAGAAGACGAGUCUGAGGAACCUAAGAAGAAAAAACUCAAACCAUCUUCAGUAGGUUCUGGAUUGUUCGCGCUGCUCCCCGCCCCCAAGAACAUGACCGUCAAGGAGACCAAGCGAGCCCUGGUGCCCAAUGUCCUUACCAAGAAACCGGCUGCCUUUACUGUCAAUCCGGCACCAUCUUUGACACGGCGGGCGGGGAGCGUCAAGCCGUCGCCGGCCCUGACCGGCUACGAGGACUCGGGCGACGAGGCGGAGGCGGGGGACUACUUCUCCCUGGGCUCCGCGGCGGACGGGGCGCCGGGCCCCGGGGUGGGCGGCGACGAGGGCUCGCUCCCGGUCCCCCCUGAGGCCACUGAUGCCCCUCCCCCCACUGCAGUGGCGUCGGGACCGGACGGCGAGUGGCCCGAGGCGUCCCCGCAAGGCUCGGCGGAGAGCGAGAGCAACCCACUUGACCGCGAAGACGAUGACCUGCUUCUCAACGAGGAAGCUAUGCAGCGCCUGUGCGGGCGGCGGGCGGCGCGGGACCGGGCCGGGGUGCAGCUGAUCGAGGUGAGCGGGGACGCGCUCAUGCCCGACCCCAAGGAGUGGCUCACCAAGCAGCUGACGGAGGAGAGGCAGGUCCGGAGUCACGGCCACCGUCGCGACGACGGCCCCACCUCGCAGCAGAAGAGGAAGCACCAGAUCACGUACCUCGCCUUCCAGGCAAAAGAAAACGAACUGGAAUUGAAGAACCAGUGGUCACAAAACAGAAUGACAAGGAAGCAAACACAGUCAAAAUAUGGAUUUUGAAUUAUUCAUUUGCGACCAUCUGUAAUAUUGAAACUAUAAACUGUAUGUUAAUUUUUAAAACUGUACAUACCAUUUUAGUUAUUUUUGACUUGAUAUAUCACCAUUAGAAAAAAAAUAUAUAUUUAAUUUUUUUGUUGAGUGCUUAUACGUAUUAGUUUCAAUACCCAGGCAUUAAAACUGAGUUAUAGCUCUGUACAUUUUGUUUGCUUGAAUAAGACUACAUACUCAAAGACGAGUUUUUGCUCAGAGUUAAGCAGAAUGUAUUGUUUUAACUGAUGGUUAUAAAAGCCAUACAAUUGUUAGUAAAUAAUUAAACCUUUUCUUUACGUAUAUAUUGUUACACCAGAGAACCAGUAUAAGUUGCCCCAAAAUAGACUACUGCAAAUAAUGUACCGUAUUUACUCUCAGAAUUGUCGCUCUUGCAUAUGGGUUACACCUUUAAUUUUAGGCAUAAAAAUCUAAAAUUUUCACACUAAUAUGAGUUGCAUAAUAUAUCUGUCUUCACUAGAGUUCCAUGGAUACAAGUAUUCCAUGGAUACAAGUAAAGUUUUUAUGUUGCGUGUUGUAGUGUUACUAUCUCAAAGUUUAAUUAGUGUUGAAUUAAAGUGGUAGAAAUAUCAAUUAAUGUUUUAUAUUCGGGUGAUUCGGAUAUAUAGAAUUGUGUAAAGCUAUGGUAUGAUGUGUGUAUCUAAUAAAGUGAUAAAAUCAAAUUUAACAACUAGAUUUUGGAAUUAGUACACCAAGUUUCAAUACAGUCGAAAUGGGUGCCAUUAUGAAAGAAUUGUCAAAUAAAUUAAAAGUGAUUUUAUAAUUUAUGUAUUAUUAUUAUUGGUUCUAUAUGUGAACAACGUGCCUUCAACUCAAUGGGUCAUAAACAAAUUAUCAAUAUAAUUAUAAACAAAUUUACAUUUCAACUGGAUGGAGUUCUCUUUAGGAAAUUUGAAACUCUAAAAUAUCAGUGCGAUAAUUAAGCGAGUGUGACAAUUAUGCAAUAAAUUUUAGUUGUGUUAAUUUGAGUUGGAUAUGCCAUAUUAAGAAGUUACCUGCUAUUUUUGAAAUGCUACUGCCAGGCAAUAUUUUUUUUUAGUCAUUAAAAUUUUUGCAUGGUGAUAAUUGCUUUAUGGCAUCCAUUCUUUGUGUUUGCACUGCUGGUCAAUGCACACAAAUUUGCUUCUGUAGUACUAGUUUUGAAAUAUUUAUUCAUAACUUAUUCAUAAAUAUAUGGAAUCUGCAAAGAACUACAAAUACAUCACUGUGUACAAAGCAGAGCCUUAAUAGUUUACAUAUAUAUUUAAUUGUACCCUUUUGUAAAUAAAUCAAAUAGAAUUGUUUAUUUUUAUUAUAAAAGAAGCUGAAACAUUUAUACUUUGGGGAACCAUCUUAUAAAUAAAAUCUACAAUUUGGUUUCA